AUGUUCCUUCGAAGUUUUUUACUAGUGCUAGUGUUCUGCACUGUAAUUUAUGCGCAACUUGUCAUCAAUCAUUGUAGUGAGGAUAAGCCUUGCGUUGAUGUGAAAGCGUGCGACGAUUACAAGGUUUAUAUAAAGCGUAAAUACACGAACUGGCCAGUGUGGGCAAAAAACAGAUUAAAAUCGCACUAUUGCGGUAGAAGAGAGGAAGCGGGAUCAAAGAUUUAUAGCGUCUGCUGUGACCAACCUGUAGGAAUCGAGACCCGGUUUUCAACCCCGGAGGAUAUUGUCCUCAACGAGGAGGACUGUGGGAAGCACUCUUCCGAUCGGAUUGCCUUCGGCUCGAAUGCAAGAGUCUUCGAAUAUCCUUGGAUGGCACUACUGCAGGAUAAAGAUGAGAGAUUCAUUUGUGGUGGCUCUUUGAUUACAAAGUGGCAUGUCCUUACGGCUGCCCACUGCAAAUCUGGCCAGGUGUAA